CCGCCGACGCCUUAAAGACCAAAAAUUCAGAUUGUUCAAAUCUAACACUGUCAUAGCCCCGUCAGACCUACCAUAUUUUUACAAUCUUUGCUUCUUUAUUUUUUUUCUCCAUAUAUAUAAAUAUAUAACAUUGCUGCUCUGAAAUUCAUAGAUCACAGUUCCUUUUUGUAUCGUCCUGUUUCCUUGGAGUCUUUUGAUCUGCUGUCUUUUUCUCUCUCUUUUCGUCGGAGAUUUGCCUGUCAUGAACGCCCUUGCAGCCACCACUCGUAACUUUCGCCAGGCGGCUCGCAUUCUUGGUCUCGACUCCAAAAUCGAGAAGAGUCUCCUCAUCCCCUUCAGAGAAAUUAAGGUGGAGUGCACAAUUCCAAAGGAUGAUGGAACUCUGGUGUCCUUUGUUGGAUUUAGAGUGCAGCAUGAUAAUGCUCGUGGGCCCAUGAAAGGAGGAAUCAGAUACCAUCCUGAGGUUGACCCCGAUGAGGUAAAUGCCCUCGCUCAACUGAUGACCUGGAAGAGUGCCGUGGCAGAUAUUCCAUAUGGUGGAGCUAAGGGUGGGAUUGGAUGUACGCCUAAGGAUUUAAGUAAGAGUGAGUUGGAGCGCCUUACGCGUGUCUUCACCCAGAAGAUUCAUGAUCUUAUUGGCGUUAAUACUGAUGUGCCGGCUCCUGAUAUGGGCACUAAUGCCCAGACUAUGGCUUGGAUUCUGGAUGAGUAUUCGAAGUUUCAUGGACACUCACCUGCUAUUGUUACAGGAAAACCAAUUGAUCUCGGGGGCUCCCUAGGUCGGGAGGCUGCAACUGGGCGUGGUGUGGUUUUUGCCACCGAAGCUUUACUUGCUGAGCAUGGAAAAGCGAUUAAAGAUUUGACCUUUGCCAUUCAGGGAUUUGGAAACGUGGGAUCUUGGGCUGCAAAGCUUAUUCACGAGAGAGGUGGUAAGGUAGUUGCAGUUAGUGACAUAACUGGAGCGGUCAGAAAUCCAAACGGGAUUGAUAUACCUGCUCUCCUCAAGCAUAAAGAGACAACGGGGGUAAUAACUAAUUUCAGUGGUGGGGAUGCCCUGGAUUCAAACGAGUUGCUGACACACGAAUGUGAUGUUCUUAUACCGUGUGCUCUUGGUGGAGUCCUAAACAGAGAAAAUGCUGCAGAUGUCAAGGCCAAGUACAUUAUCGAAGCUGCUAACCACCCCACUGAUCCAGAAGCCGAUGAGAUUUUGUCUAACAAAGGUGUUGUAAUUCUCCCGGACAUAUAUGCAAAUGCUGGAGGUGUGACUGUGAGUUACUUUGAGUGGGUUCAGAACAUUCAAGGGUUUAUGUGGGACGAGGAGAAGGUUAACAUGGAGCUUAAGAAGUACAUGUCAAAGGCUUUCCAGAACAUUAAGGGCAUGUGCCAGUCCCACAACUGCAAUCUACGGAUGGGGGCGUUCACGCUCGGGGUGAAUCGUGUGGCACGUGCUAGCGUCUUGAGGGGUUGGGAAGCAUAAUUCGCUUUCUCGUUUUACUUGACAUAGUACCUUAUCAUAUAUAGUCGAAACCGGCUGUGGAAAAGCCGGGAUCUCUUUCAUUUUUCAUUAAUCGUGAAACUUUUUCACUGACCAAUUGGAGUAUACUACACAAACGAGACAUUCAUUUUCAUUUUGAAUAAUUAAUAGAAAGGUGACUUUAUUCCA